UUGCACCGCGCCCAGCUUUGAUAUAAAUACAACCUGGCAGAUGAAUCCAAACCAUACUAGAAACGUCCACGUUCCAAGUAACAUACAUCCAAAAUGAAAUUCCUGGUUGUCGCCGUCGCCCUCCUGGCCGUUGCCCACGCCGAUGUGUCCCAUCUGUCGGGCUACAACUAUGCUCAGCCAGCUCCGCUGCCCGUGGUCGCUCCCGCACCCAUCAAGGUUGCCCCCGCUCCCGUGAGAACCUACAUUCCCCCCGCGCCGGCGCCAGCUCCCAUCCAGAUUGAGGUUCCCGCCCCAGCACCCGCUCCCGUGGCCAUUCCCGCUCCCGUGGCCAUUCCCGCUCCCGCUCCUGCGCCCGUGAACACCUACAUUCCCCCCGCGCCGGCUCCAGCUCCAGCUCCCGCUCCAGUUGCCAUCCCCGCUCCCGCCCCCAUCAAGGUUGCCCCCGCACCCGUGAACACCUACAUUCCCCCCGCACCCGUGAGCAUCCCAGCCCCGGCUCCCCUGCCCAUCAAGGUCGCUCCCGCUCCCGCCCCCGUUCCCGUCCUGGCCCCUCAGCCCGCUCUGGAGGAAAUCGAGCCCGUGUCCGCCGAUGGCUACCGUUACAAGACCGUCCGCCGUGUGAUCCGUCGUCGUCGCUAAAGAGCUGCUCUAGCGGAGAUCCCCGCCAGUAGGAAGUUCAUUAAAUAAAAAGAAAAAAGUUACUAUCUAAA